CGACCAUCCUUUCUUCCUUUUUCCUUUUCACUGUUUUCUCUUUAUCUAUCUUGCUUUCGAUUUACCCGCAUCCACAAUCUCAAGGUUUUCCUUUCAAAUUCAUUGGAAUUUGUACUCGUUGGGAGAGAUAUCUGCUCUCUUUCCUUUUCUUGGUCGCCCGAUUGUGUGUAAUAUGGUGAACGAUUGGCAAGUUGCAUCUCAUUAUGUAUGUCAAUGGAUUUUUAGGUAGAAUUUUGGCAUGUUAGGUUUGAAAAUAUCUUUCACGAAGUGGACGAAUCGAACGAUGAGCCGCUUAGAUUGUUCAAGCCUACCUUCGAUUUAAGAAAUUCAGUCGUUCUUUGAGACAAUCUGGCUUUAUCAAUCCGUUGUGAUCGCAGGCACGGAGGUGUCACAGUUGGAUCGUGGAAACAGGAUUCGAUAUUGAGAGGGUGUUGGUUGGUUUAGGCUUUAGGAAUGGCGAAUGCAAAACCUGGUGGUUACAACAACGUUAGAAUCGUGGUGGUUGGAGAUCAGGGUACGGGGAAGUCGAGUUUGAUCAUUGCAUUGGCAGUGGGGAUUUUCUCGCACUCCGUUCCGCCCGUUGUGCCACCCACUCGGUUGCCUGCAGAUUACUAUCCUGAUAAAGUGCCUCUAACGAUCGUUGACACCUCGUCUAGACCAGAAGACAGGAAUAAAGUUGCUGCAGAGUGCAAAAUUGCAGAUGUCGUGGUCUUAACACAUCAAUGCGACAGGCAAGAAACAUUGGAUCGGUUGUCAACCUUUUGGCUCCCUGAACUUCGUCGAUUGGAGGUGAAGGUUCCUGUCAUAGUGGUUUGUUGUAAAUCGGAUUUGAAGAAGCUUCCUGAGUUCAACAUUGAGUCGCAAAUUGCUCCCAUCAUGCAUCAAUUUCCAGAGAUUGAGACUUGCAUAGAGUGUUCUGCUCUACAGCAAACUCAGGUUUCUGAGGUCUUCUAUUAUGCUCAGAAGGCGGUACUUCAUCCAACACUUCCUCUGUUUGAUCGAGGAACACAAUCACUGAAACCUCGAUGUGCUAGAGCAUUGAAACGUAUAUUUGUUCUCUCUGAUCAGGACAAGGAUGGUGCUCUAAACUGCGAGGAACUGAAUGAUUUUCAGGUCAAGUGUUUUGAUGCACCUUUGCAACCUAAGGAGUUGAUGGACUUAACAGAGGUUGUCCAAAAUAAGAACCCUGAAGGACUUAGCGACUGUGGUCUCACCUUAUCUGGGUUUCUUUUCCUUCAUGAAUUACUUAUUCAGAAAGGGCUUCCUGAAACAAUUUGGACGGUUUUGAGGAAGUUUGAUUAUGACAAUGAUCUCAAACUGGGGGAUGGGCUUCUUCCAGUUACUCAAUUCAAACGGGCCUCUGAUCAGAGUGUGGAAUUGUCCAAUGAUGCAUUAGAUUUUCUUAAAAGGAUCUUCCUAUCAUUUGAUUCAGAUAAUGAUGGGGUACUGGAACUAUCUGAAGCUGAAGAUUUAUUCUCAACUGCUCCUGAAAACCCUUGGAAGGACAACACUUACAAAGAUGCUGCUGAGAGGAAUGCAAGUGAUGGUUUAACAUUCAAUGGCUUUCUGUCGCAGUGGGCUCUUAUGACUUUGUUGGACCCAAUAAACAGCCUGGCUAAUCUGAUCUAUAUUGGUUAUACUGGUGACCCAAGAUCAGCAUUUCAUAUAACAAGAAGAAGACGAAUAGAUCGGAAGAAAAAAUAUUCACAAAGGAACGUGUUCCAGUGUUUUGUAUUUGGACCAAAAGGUUCUGGCAAGUCUACACUGCUAAAUGCAUUUGUUGGAAGGGCAGCUUCGGACAAGUAUGAACCAACUGUUGAACCUCGAUUUGCCGCUAAUGUAGUUGAGCAUAGCGUGGGAACUGUCAAUAUCCUUGUGUUGCGUGAGAUGCCGCCAGAUGGAGUUGCAAGCCUUCUAUCCAGUAAGGACUCCUUGGCUGCAUGUGACGUAGCUCUGUUUAUGUAUGACAGUUCUGAUGAAAAUUCAUGGCAACAAGCAUAUGACAUGCUUGUUAAAGUAGCUAGCCAUGGUGAAGAGAAUGGCAUGGAGAUUCCUUCUCUCAUUGUUGCUGCUAAGGAUGAUUUACAUCACUUCCCAUUGUCUGUACAGAACACAACAAAGGUUAGCCAAGACAUCGGAAUAGAGGCACCUAUAACCAUCAGUGUGAAGCUGGGAGAUGUCAGCAAUUUACUCCACAUGAUUAUUGAUGCUGCUCAGCACCCACAUUUAAGAAUUCCUGAGACUGAAGCUGGUCGAAAUCGUAAAUUGCAUCACAGAUUUGUUAGUCGCUCCCUCAUUUUUGCUUCAGCGGUUGCAGUUUUUGGAUUGGCUGCUUACAGGGUAUACACGUUGCGGAAACAGGCAUCUGGGUGAAAUUCUUUUUCUUCCUUUUUUUUUUGGGGGUCAGAAUUGGUAAACAAUUUUUCCAGGAAAUAUGGGUAGAUAUAGCAGGGAGUUCUCUUUUUGGGUGUAUAUCUUGUCGGGGCAAUCCGUUUGGGAAGCUGCAAAUUUUGAAAACAGAUAGAUGCUUCUUUAUCAGGCAGGUAAAUUAUAGCUUUCA